ACAAUAAUCAGCGUGACCUCACAGCAGUGAUUGCAAACAUUUUACCGAUCGAGUGACUUACUUGGAACUACUCGAGAUCGAGAGCCUUGGAAAACUACUUUAGUGCUAAUUUACAAACUGGAUGUCAUUUUAGUGUGAAAACAAGGGCCUUGUCGGCUGAAUGAUAAAUUUGCACGGGGUAUCUUCGUAGCCAAGGAGACAAUUUGUGAGACACUUGUCUUCGCUAAAGAUGGCCGAGAACGUACGGGUUGCUGUGAGGGUUCGACCAUUUAAUUCUCGCGAGAAAGCUCGCGCAGCUGUCUUAAUUAUCAAGAUGCAGGGUAACAAUACCUACAUUGCAGAUCCUGGAGCCCCAGGGGAGGAACCAAGAAAGUUUGCCUUUGAUUUUAGUUACUGGUCACAUGAUGGGUUCAAAGAGCUUGAUGACGGGUAUCUUGCAUCUGCUGAACCUCAAUACGCAGAUCAGAAACGUGUCUUUGAUGACUUGGGACGAGGAGUCCUCGAAAAUGCAUGGAAUGGAUAUAACUGCUCGCUGUUUGCAUAUGGUCAGACUGGGUCCGGGAAAUCUUACUCCAUGGUUGGCUAUGGGCAGAAUAAGGGUAUUGUCCCAAUAUUUUGUGAGACAUUGUUCAGUGAAGUUGAACAAAAGAGGAGUGCAGGGUCAGAAACAGAAUACCAGGUUACAUUUAGCAUGCUUGAAAUCUACAAUGAAGCGGUCCGUGAUCUACUGAACCCAGCGGGUAACAAGAAAGGAGGACUAAAAGUGCGUCAGCACCCUUCCAAAGGCUUCUACGUGGAGAGUUUAGUGAGUGUUCCAGUCAAGGAUUACCCUGAUAUUGAAAGUCGAAUUGAGGAGGGAACAAGGAACAGGACGGUGGCCGCUACUAAUAUGAAUGCGACGAGCAGCCGUGCCCACACAAUCGUCGCCAUAAGCUUUAGUCAAAAGGGGGCAAACGCAGCCGGACAAAUGAUGACUAAAACGUCCAUUGUGAACCUGGUGGACCUCGCUGGAAGCGAGAGAGCAGAUUCCACCGGAGCUACUGGGGACAGGUUAAAAGAGGGAUCUGCCAUUAACAAAUCCCUUUCCACAUUGGGCAACUGUAUUAAAGCGCUGGCGGAUCAAGCAUCUGGGAAAAAAGGCGCGCAAGUUCCAUUCCGUGAUUCUGUGCUUACCAAGCUGCUUAAAAAUGCCUUGGGAGGCAACAGCAAGACAAUCAUGAUUGCAGCUUUGAGUCCGGCCGAUAUAAACUAUGAAGAAACGUUGUCUACUCUACGAUUCGCCGACCGUGCCAAGGCCAUUAAAACUAAAGCUGUUAUUAAUGAAAGUCCAACUGAAAAACUGAUCCGUGAAUUGCGUGAAGAAAACCAGAGACUAAUGGAACAGCUAAAGCAAGGUGGCGGGGCAAUGGUAGUCCAAGGAGAACCUGGCCAACCACAGACGGUUGGAGUUUCUGAAGAAGAGGUGAAUGAAAUGAAAAAACAAAUGGAAGAGCAGCUCUUACAAAAUCAGCGGGAGAUGGAGGAGAUGAAAAAGUCUUGGCAAGAAAGAUUGGCUGAGCAGGAAUCAGCAAAUAAGGCCAAAGAGGAAAAAGAAAAGAAAGAAAAAGAGCUUCGUAAAACCACUCCGCACCUUUGGAAUCUUAAUGAGGACUCGCAGCUUUCAGGAAAAAUUUUCCAUUUUAUCAAACCAGGCGAGCAGAAAAUUGGAAACAAAAGAGCUGAUCCCCAACCGGAUAUUUUAUUAAGCGGUUUGAGCAUUCUUAAAGAGCACGCCAAUUUGACAUAUAAAGGAAACACAAUAACAAUACUGGCCAAUCCCGAUGCUAAACUGAUGGUUAAUGGUAAACCAACGCACGACGAGAUAGAACUUCACCACAAUGACAGAGUGAUGUUUGGCUCUGCAAGUUUGUUCGUACUGCAUCACCCAGUUGAAUUUGAGAAGAAAAAGAACGCGGGAGACACGAUAGAAGAAGUAACUUACGAUUUGGCACAGGAAGAAAUAGCUGCGAAUUCUGGAUUUAAUAUGGGGAAGAACAGUGGCCAGACCAAGAAUGAACUGCUGUUGCAGGAAGACCUGGUACAGAUGGUUCCUAUGGUUAACGAGUCCAAUGCAAUGGCAGAAGAACUGAAGAAACCGGUUAGGUUUGAAAUUCUCUUAGUUUCACCCCAAGCACGUGGUCUCAAGGAAGGAAGAACAGAGGUCAAAGUGAAAAUGAAAAGCACAGUAGAUGAUGCGGAAUGGAUUUGGGACAGAAACAAGUUCGUCAACAGAACGUACCUAAUGAAAGAAAUGUUCCAGAAUUAUUACGAUGGAGAAGAAGACUGGGAUUUGCCGGAGGAAAGUGAUCCAUUUUGGGAGCCUGAUGAUGCAGAGGUGUUUAUUGGCUCAGUCCAGGUGUAUCUUCAAAGUUUAGCCUAUCUGAUUGAAGUGGAAGAGAGCCUUACGAUAACAGACCCCAAAGGCAACGAAAAGGGGCAGCUUCAGGUUGAAGCGUAUCCUUGUGAUGGGAACUUCUCAGAAGAUUUAGACGAUUUUGUGGAGGAUCCCAAGGAGCUGAUUGGAAGAGGUCUCUACUUCAAACUAAAAAUUCCGCACGCAAGGGGCUUGCCAGCUAUAUUUGGGAAGGGAGAAACAUGGUGUAAAUACAAACUUUAUCUUGAUAAAGAGCACAGCCGCACAAAGACUGUCUCUGGAACAAUGAACCCUUCUUACAGCCACGAGAGGAAAUUUACCUUUAAUCCUGUCACAAAACAGUUCGUGGACUAUCUGCUGAACACUCCUCUCAUGGUUGAGGUUUGGGGAAAGCAGAGUGGAAGAAAGAUCAGCACUGUCCCAAACAGGAAAGUGUCAGUAGGACAGAAAAAUAGCGGAGUACAGAACGGCGAGGUUAUGCCGAAGGAAGAAGCCCAGAAUAUGAAACUAGAGUUGCACAAGUCGAUGAGAAGAAACGAAAGAUCUGAAAAGAAAAUCAAAAAGAUGCGCGAAUUAAUAGAGGAUGCUAAGAAGAAAGGUGUCUCUACAGUCGAGGUCGCUGUGCUUGAGGAGAUUUUGAACGGUGGCGAGGGUAACAAGUUUAAAGCAACCGCCGACAUCGUUCUAAAAGCGCAGAAAUCAAUGGACAGUGAUGGAAAGAUCACAAGUUCGACUUGUUCGAUCCAGUGAAAAUUGAGUGAGAUCAAAAUUUAUUAGCAACUAUUUAUGACCGUGUUUGUAGACUCUAGUGCACUUGCAGUUUUGAUUUUUUUUCUUUCGUACGUUUUUAAAUACAAUUUUGUUAAACAAUCCACCAUAGUGGAAACGAAAAGUGCAUUCAGCACUCUCCAGUUUACUAGCAUUACUGUAUUAGUGUAUAGCAGGCAAUCAGUAUCAUAUUUACAGUUAGUGAUGGACUUACUGUGAUGUAAUGCUUUAGCCUUUUUUAAUAGUUAAAACGAACUUAUUAGUCAAGACGUGGAAAUAAGCCAAAAAGGAGCGUGAAUGUUUAAGAAUUUAACAUACAUGCGCCUUUUUCCUAUUCUUCGUUUGUAUAUAAAAUUGUCGUUUCCAUUUUCAUUCGUCAUUUACCCAUUUUCGUCUCAUUAUUUGUCAUUAUUGUCUGCAGCUCAGCAUUCAGUAUCUUUUGUAGAAUUUCGACGUUAAUUUAUUCACUAUUUUAAAGUAUUUGACAUUUUUUUCUUUAAAAAGAAAGCUACGCUAAGUUAAAAAGUUAAAGAUAGUGAUAUGUAAUCGCCACAUAGUUUGUGUCUAGUGCUCAGUCCAUUACGUGCAGGUUCGUGUAGUGUACUGCUGUUUAUGAUAGCACUUGGAUCAAGGCAAUUCAUCAAAACAGUUUCAGAAGUAAACUACGAAAUCCACUCGACGAACAUAGCUAAAUAUGAAGUGUGCCAAAGCCAAAUCAUACUCUCAGAUAUUCGUACAAUAAUUUUUUCUUUCCUUUUUAAUUCUCAGCUGUGUUCUCUUUAUAUCUUUCCUUCCACUGGAUUGCAGAGAGCAUUACUUACUGUUGACAAUGUUUACCUUGCACGGUUAUACUUCUAAGUAUUUCACGGUUACACACACCACAGAAUGAAAAUUAAAUGUUUCCCCUUCUCCUUGUUGCAUGUUAAUCCUGUUUCUACAAAUUGCAAAUUUGCAAAAGUAAAGGAGAUAUGCAAUUUGUGGUGUUCCAAAACUCUCUCGUAAAUGCACGCCAUACAAGUACGUAUAAGCAUAUGAUUAUGGUAUAUACUUGAUGCGAGGUUCGCGUUGAAGGUUUGUCAUCGAAAUAAAGUAUUGAUGACAAAUUCGCAA